UGGAAGUUGCGGCGGCGGCGGCGCCGGGACCGGAGACCCGCGGCCCCCGCGUAGCAAUGGAGACCGUCUGAGCUCCAGCCUCUGCCCCUGCCCGAGAGCAGCCGAGGCUGGAUACGUUUUGCAAAAGCCAAACUGCAAACAACUCUGGCGAUGCCAAAAUUCCCCUCCAAGUGACACGGCUCUGCGAAGGAGGCUCCCUCGGGCUGGGCUCGCUCCGUCCUUCCCUCUGCCUCCCUCAGCGACGAUCAAAGGCUUUGCUGUGGUAACAGGGAUUUAGGGGGAAAAAAAAAAAAGAAAAGAAAAGAAAAAAGAAAAAAACCUGCGCUAAACUCUACCGUGACCUUAAACUCUCUGGACUGGUUUUUGAAAUAAAUAUUGCAAGAAAAUCCAUCCUCAGAGAGAACCGGCGGAGGAGGAGAUGGAAGUUUUCCCCUUGCUCUUGGUUCUGUCCGUCUGCUGGUCUCGAACCUGGAACCCGGCGGAGGCGGAUUCGAUCAUUCACAUCGGAGCAAUUUUUGAUGAAUCUGCCAAAAAAGAUGAUGAGGUGUUUCGCACAGCGGUUGGCGACCUUAACCAGAAUGAGGAGAUCUUACAGACUGAGAAAAUCACGUUUUCAGUGACAUUUGUUGAUGGCAACAACCCUUUUCAAGCAGUUCAAGAAGCCUGUGAACUUAUGAAUCAAGGCAUCUUGGCCCUGGUCAGCUCCAUUGGCUGCACGUCAGCAGGAUCCCUCCAGUCUCUGGCAGAUGCCAUGCACAUCCCCCACCUCUUCAUUCAGCGCUCAACAGCUGGGACCCCAAGAAGUGGCUGUGGACUCACCCGGAGCAACCGGAAUGAUGACUACACUCUCUCAGUUCGCCCACCUGUCUACUUGAAUGAUGUUAUCCUAAGAGUGGUCACAGAGUAUGCCUGGCAGAAAUUCAUUAUAUUCUAUGAUAGUGAAUAUGAUAUCCGUGGAAUACAGGAGUUUUUGGACAAAGUAUCUCAGCAGGGGAUGGAUGUUGCACUUCAGAAGGUAGAAAACAAUAUCAAUAAAAUGAUCACAACUCUCUUUGAUACCAUGAGAAUAGAGGAAUUGAAUCGCUAUCGAGACACUCUUAGGCGAGCCAUCCUUGUUAUGAAUCCUGCCACGGCCAAAUCCUUCAUUACCGAGGUUGUGGAGACUAAUUUGGUUGCUUUUGACUGUCACUGGAUCAUUAUAAAUGAGGAAAUAAACGAUGUGGACGUACAGGAACUUGUGAGAAGGUCGAUUGGAAGGUUAACGAUUAUUCGGCAGACAUUUCCAGUCCCCCAGAAUAUAAGUCAGCGAUGUUUCCGUGGCAACCAUCGAAUAUCUUCAACACUGUGUGAUCCAAAGGAUCCAUUUGCUCAGAACAUGGAGAUUUCAAACCUUUACAUAUAUGACACAGUGCUUCUGCUUGCUAAUGCUUUUCAUAAGAAGCUGGAGGACCGAAAGUGGCACAGCAUGGCGAGUUUGUCAUGUAUCCGAAAGAACUCCAAGCCUUGGCAGGGAGGGCGUUCCAUGUUGGAGACCAUCAAGAAGGGUGGAGUUAAUGGGUUGACUGGAGAGCUAGAAUUUGGAGAAAAUGGAGGCAAUCCCAAUGUCCACUUCGAAAUUCUUGGAACCAACUAUGGAGAAGAGCUUGGCAGAGGUGUUCGCAAACUUGGGUGCUGGAAUCCUGUCACGGGUCUGAAUGGGUCACUGACAGAUAAGAAACUGGAGAACAACAUGCGUGGUGUGGUUCUACGUGUAGUGACUGUUCUGGAAGAACCUUUUGUAAUGGUCUCUGAAAAUGUCUUGGGUAAGCCGAAGAAAUACCAGGGCUUCUCCAUUGAUGUUUUGGAUGCCUUAUCAAACUAUCUGGGUUUUAACUAUGAAAUUUAUGUUGCACCGGAUCACAAAUAUGGAAGCCCACAAGAGGAUGGGACAUGGAAUGGCUUGGUAGGAGAACUAGUCUUUAAGAGAGCCGACAUAGGGAUUUCUGCUUUAACCAUCACUCCAGAUCGUGAGAAUGUGGUGGACUUUACAACACGUUACAUGGACUACUCCGUGGGGGUACUACUUCGAAGAGCGGAAAAGACAGUGGAUAUGUUUGCCUGUCUUGCACCAUUUGAUCUCUCUCUCUGGGCUUGCAUUGCUGGCACAGUCCUCCUGGUGGGUCUCCUGGUCUACCUCUUGAACUGGCUCAACCCCCCACGAUUACAGAUGGGAUCAAUGACGUCUACUACUCUCUAUAACUCCAUGUGGUUUGUGUACGGAUCUUUUGUACAGCAAGGUGGGGAGGUCCCAUACACAACUCUGGCUACUCGAAUGAUGAUGGGGGCUUGGUGGCUGUUUGCUUUGAUUGUCAUCUCGUCUUACACAGCAAACCUUGCGGCUUUCCUCACUGUUACCCGCAUUGAAAGCUCCAUCCAGUCUCUCCAGGACCUUUCCAAGCAAACAGACAUCCCUUAUGGCACAGUCCUGGACUCUGCAGUGUAUGAACAUGUUCGCAUGAAGGGACUGAAUCCUUUUGAGAGGGACAGCAUGUACUCCCAAAUGUGGCGGAUGAUCAACCGAAGCAAUGGAUCAGAGAACAAUGUUCUGGAGUCCCAGGCAGGCAUUCAAAAGGUAAAAUACGGAAAUUAUGCUUUUGUAUGGGAUGCAGCUGUAUUGGAAUAUGUGGCUAUCAAUGAUCCAGACUGUUCCUUUUAUACCAUUGGAAAUACCGUUGCUGACCGGGGCUACGGAAUUGCAUUGCAACAUGGCAGUCCUUACCGGGAUGCUUUCUCACAAAGGAUCCUGGAGCUUCAGCAGAACGGCGACAUGGACAUCCUGAAGCACAAGUGGUGGCCCAAGAACGGCCAGUGCGACCUGUACUCCUCGGUGGACACCAAGCAGAAAGGCGGCGCCCUGGACAUCAAGAGCUUCGCAGGGGUGUUCUGCAUCCUGGCCGCCGGCGUCGUGCUGUCCUGCGUCAUAGCCAUGCUGGAGACCUGGUGGAACAAGCGGAAAGGCUCCCGCGUCCCGUCCAAAGAGGAUGACAAGGAAAUUGACCUGGAGCACCUCCAUAGACGUGUAAAUAGCUUGUGCACAGAUGACGACAGCCCCCAUAAACAGUUUUCCACCUCGUCAAUUGACUUGACCCCUCUGGACAUUGACACUUUGCCAACACGACAAGCACUGGAGCAAAUCAGUGAUUUCAGGAACACUCACAUCACCACCACAACCUUUAUCCCAGAGCAGAUCCAGACUCUUAGCCGCACACUGUCGGCUAAAGCUGCCUCUGGGUUCACUUUUGGCAACGUGCCUGAGCACCGAACUGGCCCUUUUAGGCACAGGGCACCUAAUGGGGGCUUUUUCAGGAGUCCUAUAAAAACAAUGUCAUCUAUUCCUUAUCAACCAACUCCUAACUUGGGGCUCAAUCUGGGCAAUGAUCCAGACCGAGGCACCUCCAUAUGACAGCAUCAGACAGAAUCUCGCCACCGUUUCUUUUUAGGACUCCCUUUGCAAGGAGCAACUGUAAUAUUGUGG